AUGGGGUCAUACGUGGAAUCCAAUGGAAAGAUGCUCAACAUCGCCGUGGCGGGCCUUGGGCGGAUGGGCAAACGCCACGUUGCAACUCUCAUCAACCGCGUCCCCCGCGCACGGGUGGUCGCAGUCUGCAGCGCGGCUCCUCACGAGACAGAAUGGGCCCGCAGUAACAAGGACUACAUCGACUUCGGAGUCAAGGUCUACGACAGCUACGGGGACAUGUUGAGCCACGAGGGCCUGCAAGCGGUUUGGAUCUCGACCAGCACCGACGUGCACGCCAGCCAGACGAUCAAGGCCGUGGAGAAGGGACUGCACGUUUUGUGCGAGAAGCCGCUGAGCACGGAUCUAAACGAAGUGUCUGCCGCGAUCGCCGCGGCCAAAUCCCGUCCGGACCUGAAAGUGAUGGCCGGGUUCUCGCGGCGCUUCGACGCGUCGUACCGCGACGCAUACCAAAAGGUCAAAUCCCAGGCCAUCGGCGAGGCGUACCUGGUGCGCAGCAACACGUGCGACCUGCUGGACGAGACGGGGUUCUUCGUGGCGUACGCGAAGCGUAACGGCGGCAUCUUCGUCGACUGCACGAUCCACGACAUCGACCUGGCGCUGUGGUUCAUGGACAACCCGGCGCCCAAAUCGUGUUUCGCCGUGGGCACGCUGAAGCACCACCCGGAGCUGGCCGAGAGCCACGACGUGGACAACGGGGUCGGCGUGGUCGAGUUCCACGGCGGCAAGAUCGCCUACUUCCACUGCUCGCGCACCCAGGCCCACGGCCACGACGUCUGCACCGAGGUCAGCGGCACCCGCGGCAAGGUCAUGGUCAACGUCAUCCCCAAGGCCAACAACGUCAUCGUCGCCGACCGCACGGGGAUGCGCCACGAGGUCCAGCCCGAGUACUGGCAGCGGUUUGAGGACGCCUUCGCCACCGAGGCCCACGAGUUUGUCGCCUCCGUGCUCGACAACAAGGACGUGCCCGUGCCGCUUGACACCGGGUUCCAGGUCAUGAAAAUCGGCCGCGCCUUGCAGGAGAGUUUGCUGACGGGUAAGGUGGUGAGGUUUGACGAGCAGGGUAAGAGGAUUGAGGAGUGA